CGCACCCCAUAGGCAGCGGCGACCCUUCCCGCCUCCCCGUCGGCUCCCAGCUAGCCCCGCCUCGGCUUACUUUAAAAGUUUACUUGGCCUGGGACUGGGUCAAAGCGAGCCAUGGCUGUCUGCUCCGGGAUGCUGCGCCUCGGGAGGCUGUGUGCGGGGAGCCCGAGGGCGCUGGGGGCCCGGGCCAUCUUCUCCCGAGGCUGGCGGGAAGCGAUCUUGCAGGGAGUCCGCUCUGUCAGCUCUGGAGAUCUGGAUGACGAUAACCUCCUGCCCAUUGGAGGCCUCAGCUAUGUUCAGGGCAACACCAGAAUGCGUCUUAUCGGCAAGACAGUGGGAUGGUGCCUGGAUGCCACAGCCCAGAGGCUACCAGACCGAGAGGCCUUGGUUGUCAUCCAGGAAAAUGUCAGGUUGACCUUUGCCCAGCUCAAGGAGGAGGUGGAUAAAGCUGCUUCAGGGCUCCUGAGCAUUGGCCUUCGCAAGGGCGACCGGCUGGGCAUGUGGGGACCUAACUCGUAUGCAUGGGUGCUCAUACAGUUGGCCACCGCUCAGGCGGGCAUCAUUUUGGUGUCUGUGAAUCCAGCCUACCAGGCGGCAGAGCUGGAGUAUGCCCUUAAGAAGGUGGGCUGCAAAGCCCUAGUGUUCCCCAGGCAAUUCAAGACCCAGAAUUACUAUGACAUACUGAAGCAGAUCUGUCCAGAGCUGGAGUGGGCCCAGCCGGGGGCCUUGAAGAGUCAGAGGCUCCCAGACCUGACCACGCUCAUCUCAAUAGACGAACCUCUGCCGGGGACCCUGCUCCUGAAGGAAGUGGUGGAGGCUGGCAGCUCGGAGCAGCACAUGGCCCAGCUCCGUUAUGCCCAGCAGUUCCUGUCCUGCCAUGACCCCAUCAACAUCCAGUUCACCUCGGGAACAACAGGCACCCCCAAGGGAGCCACCCUCUCCCACUACAACAUUGUCAACAACUCCAACAUGAUCGGGGAGCGCCUGAAAAUGCACCUGAAGAAACCAGAGAAGAUAAGGAUGGUCCUGCCCUGCCCCCUGUACCACUGCCUGGGUUCCGUGGGGGGCACAAUGGUGAGCGUGAUGCAUGGUACCACCCUCAUCCUGUCCUCUCCGAGCUUCAAUGGCAAGAUGGUGCUGGAGGCUAUCAGCAAAGAGAAAGGCUCCUUCCUGUAUGGCACCCCUACCAUGUAUGUGGACAUUCUGAACCAGGCAGAUUUCUCCAGUUACGACAUCUCAGCCAUGUGUGGAGGUGUGAUUGCUGGGUCCCCUGCACCCCCAGAGCUGGUCCGAGUCAUCAUGAACAAGCUGAACAUGAAGGAGCUGGUGAUUGCUUAUGGAACCACAGAGAACAGUCCAGUGACCUUCAUGCACUUCCCUGAGGACACUGUGGAGCAGAAGGCAGAAAGUGUGGGCAGAGUCAUGCCUCACACGGAGGCCCAGAUUGUGAGCACGGAGACCAGCGCACUGAUGGAGCUGAAUAAGCCUGGUGAGCUGUGGAUCCGAGGGUAUUGCGUCAUGCUAGGCUACUGGGGGGAGCCCCAGAAAACCGAGGAGGCGGUCGGCCAGGACAAGUGGUACCGGACAGGAGACAUCGCCAUGAUGGACGAGGAAGGCUUCUGCAAGAUUGUGGGCCGCUCCAAGGACCUGAUCAUCCGGGGCGGGGAGAACAUCUACCCCGCGGAGCUCGAGGACUUCUUUCACAAACACCCACAGGUGCAGGAAGUGCAGGUGGUGGGCGUGAAGGACGAUCGGAUGGGGGAGGAAAUCUGCGCCUGCAUCCGGCUAAAGAGCGGGGAGAAGGCCACGCCUGAGGAGAUCAAGGCUUACUGCAAAGGGAAGAUCUCCCACUUCAAGAUUCCCCGCUACAUCGUGUUUGUCAACCAGUACCCCCUCACCAUCUCGGGAAAGAUCCAGAAAUUCAAACUUCGAAAGGAGAUGGAACAGCUUCUGAAAUUGUGAAGAAAGGAAUGGGGUGUGGAAGGGUGUCCUCCCAGGCCCUCCUCCUGCCCCUCCCUCUCACUUCCUCGUUUGUCUUUGUGAUUUGGCAUAAAGAGCUUCUUUGUUUUC